AUGGGCACUGAUGAGGUGGCACAGAUAGGCAGCACUGAUAGGAGGCACUGAUGAGCACUGAUGGAUACAGGUGGGUGUCACUGAUGGGCAGGGGCAGAUUGACAACUCAUGGGGCCCCCGGGCAAUAGGGGAUCAUGGGGCCCGUGUCCUUGCCAAAACUCAAAAAAGCCUAUGAAAAAGGUACCAGGGGCAUCUCAUGGGGCCCCCUACUGACCCUGGGCCCUCGGGCAGUGCCCAAGUUUCCAAAUGGUCAGUCCGCCCCU